UAGCAGAACUACUCAGAAAGCGGAGGGGGCAAAGAAGCAGAAGCAAUAGCUCAAUCCCGACCGGCCGCCGCUCUCUUCCGUCUUCCCCGCCGUCCUCCGCCGUUCGCCGAGAUGGAGAUCCAGAGCUCGUCCGGAUCCUUCUUCCGGAGCAUCCGAUCCAGAGAGCUCACCGGUUUCAAAGUUCGGAAGCGGCCGUACGUCGCCGACUCCACGGCCGUGAUGAGCGAGGUCGGAGCGGUCGCGGUCGAGCACCACGGCGACGAGACGCCCCCCUUGGCCCUGUCCUUCUGCCAGACGAGUAGGUACUCGUACAUUCUGGCCGUAACCGACGAGGAUGGAUACGUGAGCUUGUUCGACACUCGCCCGAAGUCUUCGCCCUCGACGUCUUGCCGAGAAAAUGCAGAUAAAGCUAGGAUCGGCGAUUGGGUUGCUCAUCAGAACGCAAUAUUCGAUAUAAGCUGGAUCAAGGAAGAUACCAAAAUACUAACAGCUUCAGGGGAUCAAACUAUAAGACUGUGGGAUGUUGAGAAGAUGAAAUCCACUAGCGUGCUGAUGGGUCAUGCCGGAAGUGUGAAAUCUCUUUGUUCACAUCCAACCAAUUCCGAUCUUGUUGUCUCUGGGUCAAGAGAUGGAUCCUUUGCCAUAUGGGACUUGAGGUGCCAGUGCAAUACUAGAAAUAGGCAGGGAGAAUUUUGCAUUGGCCCAACUUACAUGGUCAAGGGAGCUCAUCCAUCACCUCGAAACAAGUGGGUCAGGCGUGGCAAGGCUGCUUCAACGAGUACUACAGCUGUCCUUUAUCUGAAAGAUGAAGUUUCUGUUGCGACCGCUGGUGCAGUGGACAGCACUGUCAAAUUUUGGGACACGAGAAAUCUAAAAGCUCAAAUUACGCAGACUUGCCCUGAUACCAAGUCAGCUACUGAAAAGGUUAGAAGAUUACAUGGUGUAUCUAGCCUAUCGCAAGAUUCAAACGGAGUGUUCCUUUCCGCAUCAUGCAUGGACAAUAGAAUAUACUUGUAUAACAUACUUCAGCUGGAAAAGGGUCCCGUGACAUCUUUUUCAGGCUGCCGAAUAGAAUCAUUUUAUGUGAAGUCCAAAAUCAGUCCAGAUGCGUCUCACCUACUCAGUGGCUCAAGUGAUGGAACUGGCUACAUUUGGCAGAUGAACAAGCCUGAUGCAGCCCCCAUUACUUUGAACAGUCAUGAUGGAGAAGUCUCAGCAGUCGCUUGGGUUCCACACGAAGCAGGAAAGUUGGCAACUUGUUCUGAUGAUUACACGGUUCGUGUGUGGAACAUAAAAAAUAAAUGUUGCUCAACCACAAGAUCGCCAACGGCCAUUCGAAAGCGAGUGAUGGCAAUCCCGACAGGAGAAUGUAAAAGGCUAUUGAUGACUGAAGACACAAAACAUGUCACUAAAGAUCCUACUCCCUCUUCUUCAGAAGAAGAAUCAGAGCAGAUAAAUUUCAGCAGCUCAAUCACGCCGCCAAAGUUCAGCACUCCUGAAGCACUGAAGAAAAAAUUUGCUUCAAGUUCACAUUAUCUAGAGGACUACGAGAAAACACCUGAAGCUACAUUGAAGAGCCCCUCUUCUGUGUUGAAUCCUCCAUCCUCCGUGAAAAGAACUAUUCGUGAUUACUUUGUAUCACCUUCGUGAAAACUGUUGGCCCUGUUUCUCGAUCCAAUUUUGGUCCUUUCUUCUGUAAAGCAUGAAGACUAUGUAAAAGAGAAUUCACAGCGGUUGUCAUGUGGUGGUGGAAUAGAAAAUGUAGAUAGCCAAUUACAUUUA